AUGCAAAAGAAUCUGCACGAGGCUCAACAAGUUAGUCUUUCCCGGAAAGAGACAACCCUAGCAGCAUACCUAGGACUUUCUCGUCCUAGGGAGCUACGGAAAGCUCUGAUCCAAUUUCCAACAUUGCCCGCAUGGCGGGACUUCCAAGCCCCGGCAAAGAACCUGUCAAAGCGCAACGCGUUCGCGCUAUUAGACAACAAUAGCGAACGGGGCCGAAUCGCUGAUACUGAGGACCCGUCCCAGGCCUGCCCUGUCGGUGGAGACAACGGGACCAACCUGACGCUCUCAGGCCAGAGUAAGGAUCUCCCGGAAGCGAAUAAGCUCUAG